CCGGUCAGGUGCCGCGCGGGGGUCAGGUGACCCGGCCCGAUCCGCUCCCGCCGCGCCGCCCGGUGCCGCCGCCGCCGCCAUGACGGGGCUCGCCCUGCUCUACUCGGGGCUCGGCCUCGCCUUCUGGACCACGCUGCUCGGCGUCGGCAUCUGCUACACAAUAUUUGACCUGGGCUUCCGCUUCGAUGUGGCUUGGUUUCUGACAGAGACCUCACCCUACAUGUGGUCCAACCUGGGCAUUGGCUUGGCCAUCUCCCUGUCUGUGGUGGGAGCUGCCUGGGGGAUUUACAUCACGGGCUCCAGCAUCAUUGGUGGGGGAGUCAAAGCCCCGCGGAUCAAAACAAAGAAUCUGGUGAGCAUCAUUUUCUGUGAGGCCGUGGCCAUCUAUGGGAUCAUCAUGGCAAUAGUCAUCAGUAACAUGGCUGAGCCUUUCAAUGGAGUCACCCCAGAAGAGAUUGGAGCCAGGAACUACCACGCAGGUUUCUCCAUGUUUGGAGCUGGUCUGACCGUGGGUUUAUGCAAUCUCUUCUGUGGGGUCUGUGUGGGCAUCGUGGGCAGCGGGGCUGCCCUGGCUGAUGCCCAGAAUGCCAGCCUCUUCGUCAAGAUCCUGAUUGUGGAAAUCUUUGGCAGUGCCAUAGGGCUGUUUGGAGUCAUCGUUGCUAUCCUGCAGACAUCUAAAGUAAAAAUGGGCUGAGCCCUCUUGCACUCAGCCUGUUCCAGCGCACCCCAAGAGGUUCUGUAUAUACUUAUUUAAUGUUUCUAUACUUGAUUGGGGUGGGAGAGGCUGGCACCGGCAGCAGGAGCCUGACCGCGUAGAGCCCCGUCCUGCAGAUCAGUCGGCCCCUUGGAAGAAACAAAUUUCUCUGUGUGAAUUCUGCCCCCAGCAGCCUGGCCCAGCUCGUGGGGCCCUGCUGCUGCCCGUCCCUGGUGUGUAGAAUUGACCAUCAGUGCAAUCCUGUGUCAGUGAAAUAAAUAUGGUUCUUGUCCA